AUGAGCCGCCGCGCCGACAAGAAGGACAAGGCCAAGACCGUCGGCGCCGAUGCUAGGGACGACCUGACGACCUUCGACACGACGCGGGCGCGGAUCCCCGACUACGACCCCAGCGGCGACAAGUACUGCCCGAGCGCGCAAACGGCUCAGUACAGGCGCCGCCAAAAAGAAGUAGCACGCCGCGUGCGGCAGGACCAAUUGUCGAAGACGGCGCCGGGGCGGCAGCAGCAGGGCCGCGCGAAGACGCCGCGGCGGUUAGAGCCCGUGACGGAGCCUACUACUGGUAGAGUGCGGACGCCCGAGCGGUCGACGCGGCAGCGGUCCCUGCCGGCCGUGGACCUGCCGCGGACGAACUUUACGCUGUCUACAUUAUCAGGAGGGAUUACGUACGGCGGCGCCCCACCUAUUAUUUCUCCGGGCGACACGCUGCCGAACACGGAGCGCUUACGGCCUUUGACGGGCGAGACGUCCACUGCUUUGAGAAGAUCCCCUAGAACGCCACCACCUGCUCCUGAGGAGGAGUGGCAGGCGAAGGCGGGCAAGGAGCCCGGCCAGGAGCUCGAAGUGCUCAAGACGAUCUUGUUAAGGGAGGGCUACCUAAAGAGGCUCGAGAGCGUCAUCAACUCUUGGUUGCAGACCAAUGAUCUGAAAAGGGUCCCCAAGGGUCUCGGGGAUCUGUUCGACUUGUUAAGAACCUCGACGACGGAAGUCGUCGAGCACGUCGUGAGGUGGCGUUUGGCCAUCGGCGACGCUGAUGACGGGAAGCCGAUGCCGUUCCUGUGGAAUGGGAUUAAUUACUUACUCAAAAUACCGUCGGAUCUCGAUGAUUUGAACUUGCUACCGGCAUUACGGAGGUGGGCCGGUUUUACGUUACAAAGGAACCCUUUUUUGAUGCCUUUACCUUUGGACCAUCGUACGUUAUCAAGCACAGAGAGAGACGUGAUUCCCGCACAGGACGAGGAGGACGAGGAUUCGAUCCUGUACGGCGACGACCCCAUGACAGGUCCGCGACCGGGCAUGGGCGUGCGGCCCAAACAAACGAAGGGACCUUAUAGGACUCCGGUGGUCAAUGAUCCCGCUCUCCUAGCUACGGAUACGAAGAAAAAGAAGACUCGCGUUAUUGUUGAAGAUGAGCCGCAGAAGCCGCAACGGAAAGGUGAAUCAGCACCGCUGAAAGUUUUAGUUGGUGACGCUGAUUUGAAGCGCGUCCGAGCCGCUGAAUUAGUGAUUCUCGACGAGGAAGGCAGGGAAGGCCGCUUCGCGCGGAACCACGACGGGCAGUUAGUACCAGCUCUACAAGUAGAAGAGGAGGAACAUCGCAAACGUUUAGAGUUGGAUAGAGGUAGACCGCUCGACGAGCCGGCGCGGGCACCUAAACAUAUGGCGCCCUACGCGGGCCCCGCCGGCAUCGGCUACCAAGAUGUAAGUUCCGGAGACGAAGUCGAAGAAGGUAAAAGAAGAUGGUCUAGAAGGGCGAUCGCCGACGACCCGCAAAAAGCACCCGUGAAGUCGGAGCAGGACGAGGAGAACGCGCGGAGCGGCGCCAUGCGCGCGUCGGGUGCGCUGGGGCCGCUGCAAUCGGCCUCGACGAUGGGUCGGAGAAGAGCACCGACUCGUAGAUCAAGAGGUGCUGCUCUCGACGCGGACAUCGGACGACUCAAACGGGAAGCUUCUCGGUUAGAAAGAGAGGCCAAAGCCGUCCGAGUCGAGAUGAAGGCUGAUUUGGAGGAGAUCCAACUCUUAGAAAGAGAUGCGGAUCGCUUGGAAGCGGAGGCCGCGGCGCGAGAUGCUGCUACACAAAAGAAGUCGGCCGCGGAGAUCCAGCGAGCGCAGCGCGGCAAGGCCGCUAGGGAAGAGGCUCGGCGCCGCGCCCAGGAGUUGAGAGACGACGUCAGGAAGGCCGAGAAGCGCGUUGAAGAGUUAGAACAAGCUUUCAAGCUAAGGACGCACGACUACGAAAAAAGACAAAAAGAAAGGCAGUCCCUCAAAAGGAGUGAACGCGAGAUCGAGGACAAGCGUCGCGCCGUGGAGUUGGAGCGGGCGCGGCGGUUGUUGCCGCCGGGCGGCGUCCAUCCCGCGGACGAGCGCAAGGCGCGCACGCUCGAAGACGUGUCGGCCACCUCGAUCACUCGCAUGGUCCGCGGGAAGCUGGCACGGUUGUACGCUAAGCGAUUAAGACGGGUCUACGCGCGCGCGGCGACGAUCAUCGCCGCGGGGAUCCGCGGGAAGUUAUCCCGUAUCUAUGCGAAGAAGAUACGAACCGCGAGGUACGCCGCGAAUAAUAUACAGAGAGUUACACGCGGGAGGCAAGCUCGCGCUAGAUAUUAUGUGUUGCGGGAACGCAGCCACCAGCAAAAGGCGGCCGUUAAGAUCCAGACCGCUCAAAGGGGCAGAUCGGCUCGUCGACGCGUCUCGAGACGGAAAGAAUUAAGAAGGAAGGCCCUAGCUGCCGCGGAAGCAGUUUCUGUAAGAAAGCUCUUCGCCCAGGACUUAAAAGAAUUAGCAACCGCAAUCCAAGAGGCCCAGGUCGACGCUCGGCUAGCCUUCCCGCCGGCGGCUGUAUUAGGACUCAUCCGCAUCGUCAUGCUCAUGCUGAGCGAGGACGGCGGCGGCGCCCUAGGCACCACACUGUCAGACUACACGGCGAUAGGGACGAAGCACCCCAUGGAGGUCGAGCGGAACGACCUGUCGUGGACCGGGGCCGUCAAGGUGUUGCGACGGGGCAACUGGCUGCUGCGGAGACUACGGUUCCUGGCGGCGGGGCCCGCUUCCGUGCCGCCUCGUUUAUUAUCACUACCUCUCCAGUCGCUAGAGCUCCUCCGAGCCUACGACAAUGACCCGACGAUGACGAUAGAAGCCAUGGAGAGAGUAGUGGUCGGCCGGAAGGCGUGUGUCCAACUUUUAACAUAUGUCCAGUCCCUACGAAUUGUGUAUGAGGUGCAGGCCGACUUCUUCGAGCAAUUGGGUGGUGAUGAAAGCACGCCGAAUUGGUUGAUACGGCGACGGCUCGGUGCCUCCAGAAGACGCACGCUGCAAGCCCAGCAACUAGUCGACAAGCACGACGUCGAGGCGUGUGGGGCCGCCCUGAGGCAGAAGAAGAGUGAAGGUAAGAAGUUUCCGGUGGAGUCCACUUGUUUAGAACAAGCUCGCCUACGGUUCCAAGCUUCUGAUGACGAGCUCAAUGCUCAUGAUGCCGCGGAGGCGGCUCAUAGUAUGAGGGACGAAAUCAAGAUCCGGGAAGAAGAAGUCGAGCGCGUCGCCGACUGUAAACAAACACUCAAACGUGUGAGGUACGCGGACGACGCGUUGACGCAGGCCAUGCACGACGCCCGGACGUCCGGGAGUACUAUCACUUUAUCUCGCCUCCCAAAAAUGCGAGGUGAUUGUACCGAGGCUCGGAUCGACGAGCGGGAGGCUCGCGCGAAAUUGGCGCUGGUGCGGAGGAACGCGUCCGUCGCGGCCAAGCGACGAAAGACGAUUGUGGUCGAGCUGCCCCCGGAAGUUAAGUAUCGAGCCGCGGCCUGCGGCGAAGCGCGGUGUGCCGCCGCUCUCGCCAAGGAGAAGCUGCUACUGUGGUUCCGCGCGCGAGGAGGAGAGACCCAUGUGCGAAAGAUGGCCGCGAAAGCAGUAAGAGCAUCUGCCUCAUCAAUCGACAAUAAACAGCAGCAGGUCUGGUCUCGACAACGUGGAAGUGACUUAGCAAGACUAAAUGAGCAAGAUGAUGCUGAGUUAAAGGCCUUCGACGCCGAAAUGGACGACUGCGCGACGCGGCUGCGGGACGCGGAAGAAGCGCUAAAACGAGUACGGGAAGAAUUAGAAUGUGAAAUAACCAAGACGGAGGACGACGAGCGGGCCAGAGAUCAAAAACCCGUCGCCGCGCUCGACGCCACGGACGAGGAAAAGGCCGAAGACUGCCGCGAGGACGAGUUCUGCGCCGUCGAGGAGCUGAUGCUCGACAAGCGCUUCGUGCCCGAGCCGUUCCUGCCGCAACUCGCCAUGGAACGGGCCGCGGAGGCAAAACGUAAAGCUAGACAGGCCGAGGAGGAAUUGGCUCAACAGUUAGGAGCAGUUCACGUCCGCAAACAGGGCAUCGAGAUCUACGAGAAAGCUUUGGAUGAUGAUACGGGACCGCCGAAGGCUGAACACGAGCUCGAGGAGCACGAAAAGAGCCCGCCUCCGAGGCCUCGACCUCUGCUCGUGCUGGUCGCGCGGGACAUUCCGUCGGUGGCCAAGCGGAAGAUUGUCGAUAGACUAUGUAACGAACUCGAGGGCGAAUUUGUUCGCGUUUGUUCGGAUCUGCCGCAGGGUAUUGAUCCGGAGGCGUUUCAAGCACCUCUCAGUGUGGGUAAAUCCGUUUUGGCGGAUGUUGACUCUGGUGUCGCCCACGACUGUAGACACAUGUUCAUCGACGCGUUGGCGUUCUGCAAGGCGGCGUUGUUCCCCACUCCCAGAGUUAUUUUGGUGCUGGGCGACGCGCGCAACCGACGAGGCGCGUGCGCACCGAGUCCCUCGGGCCACUACGGUGUUAGUAUCCAAGACCUAGAUAAGAUGCACGACCGGAACUUGAAAUGCGACUUGCAGGACGCGGCGGAGCAUCUUGCGCGUUUAACUGAAAAUGAAGCGCUUGAGAAUCUAGCGUCGUGGAGCACCCAAGAGCGGCCGCCGUCCUUAGGUCAUGCUUUAGCGAUGGAGGCCGCUAUCAUAUUGCUAACGAGGUCCCGAAAGUUCCGAGGUCCGGACCGGACGGUGACCGCCGUGGCCUGGCUGGCUGCUCGAAGAUUGUUAGCGAGACCUGUUGAGUUAGUGGCCAAAUUAAGAGACUUCGACGCGGCGACCAUCCCGCCCCAGACACUGUUCGUCCUCAAGGAAUACAUCGCCCACGAGAACUGGCCCAUCACGGAGAUUAUUGUGCACGAGGGCGCUUCGCUCAUCACGGAUCCCGAAGCUCCGGACGAGGACACCUAUGUCUCCAACGACACGGGCGGCCCGACGGUAGAACACGCUCUCGGGCCUCUGAUCAACUGGAUCAAGGCCGUCGUGAGUGCGGGCGAUUACCUCGCGAAGAACGGUGGUGCGGCGCCGACGAUCUCGCGGCAGGAACCGCCCGACCUGGUGUCUUCGGUCGUUACCGUGUCGGAUGGCCACACGGAGCUCGAGGAGGAGUCGGAAGCGGCGGGCCGCGGCUACAAGGCCGCGUCGGCGCAGUUGCUCGAUGCUGCUUUGGAGGACUGCCGAGGUUAUAGAUGUGCUGCUAAGUUAGCAUCAACGAGAAUACCUCACGACGACGGCACGAUCGCGCCGGACUGCAUCUACAACGUCAACGUUGCUCAUGAUUGUGGUAGGAUCUUCUUCAGCGCCUAUGAUCCGUCGACGUCGACUCGUCUCGUCACGUCUAUCCACGAACGUGAUGUCGAUCGGUUACUAGCACCGAAUUCCAUCGAGCACCGGGAACACACCGCAAAAUUACCACCCCGCUCCCUCAAGGAGAUGUACGCGCGCUUGGUCAAAUUACUCGUCGUGAAGCGCGGCGCGAAUCAGGCGUUAGCCAAUAGACCAGUAGCAAAGUCCAAGCUGUCGUUAUUGGCGAAGCCGCCGCGCUCGAAGAAGCUGCAGAAGGUCACACCGCCCCAACUACUAUGUCGUAGGAGACUACGACGACUCAUGCGAGAAACGCGAAGGAUCUCGGGCUACCUAUGCACGCUCACAGUCUACGAGGAAGCGCGAGGGGAGUUGAGAGUGCACGCCUACCUGCCAGAAAGGUCAGCAUCAUUGGAAACGGCGGUCGGCAUGGAUUUGUUACAUGAUGUGGCCACUGGUAAUGCGGAUCCCAAGAUAAGGGAGAUGUCCGCGCUCGAGUCGCACGACGCCGAGACCAUGCUGCCCUACAUCGCGGACCGCAUGGAGAUCGUGCCCUCGAAGGCCUCCGCCGAGGACAUGGGGUCUUUAUCUCAUUAUCUACGAUUGGCCUCGCAGGACGCGGGCGGGGCCAAGCGGAGUGCGGGCUUCAAGCUGCGGUUGAGACAGUGCAAGGGCCCCGGCCGGACGAUCUUCAAGCAGUUCGCCACGAUCUCGAACAUGAAAGUUGUUCUGAGUGUCAUGGAGGCCGGCGGUGCGGCCAAGCGAAUAUUGCGGAUCGUGCUCUACGACCCCAUGUCCGCGGAGACGCGCGAGUUGCGCUUGGCGGACACGCAUCGAGCCGUACUGUUGGAUUCGAUCGGUGGCGACUGGCGUCUCUGGAGGGAAUCACUCAUCAAGAGAUUAUCUCUGCGACGGAAGCGCGUCUCGGGCUUGCUAGAAGGCUACAAUUCUGAUGAAGAGGAUGGUGAACGAACGAUAAAAUAUCUGCCGACGGAGCACCCGGGGGCGGACAGCGGCGCUAUCUUAGAUCAGGACGGCGUGACCUUCGACAGCACCGUCGUCCACAAGGCGUGCAAGAUCAAGGGUCUGCGGUGUCGACUCACGAUAGAACUGAAAGCCGGCGAUGGGGAAGGUUUGAUUGUCAAAGUGAUGGAGCUACGACCGGCCAAACAAACGGAGAUCUGCGUGACGCGCGAGCGGCUCAUCGAGCUCUGGGAGCUCGAGGACACGGACCUGCACCCAGCGAGGCCCGUCUUUACGGUCCUAGGGAAUAAAGAUACGAGAGAAGAAGGCAUCCAGAAGCUGGUUGAUGGAUUAACUAGAGAUAAGGAGUCGGGCGAAGUUCUACUAAGGGCCGUAUCGAAUGAACUGCGGCGCAAGAAGAAACAGGGCUCGCCUCUGAAACUGAAACCUAGACGGCCGCCGUCGCGCGAGGAGUUAGAAGGGAGUGACGCGCCGUUCCAUCGACGCUUCGCGGGCGAACAGUCGACCUUCGGCCAUCCUAGGGAGCGAGUCGUCGAGGAGCACGAUGGUUCAUUGGAACAUAGUGUCAAGUUCCGGAGACCGCCUCCUACUGUAUUUUAUGAACACCGACUCCCACCACCACCGCCGAAGGGCGACUUUUCGCAGUUGGUCUGGUUCGACGACCCGAGUCAGCUACCACCUCCACCUGAAGAGGUUUCAGACGCACCAGCACCCGCACCCUCACCAGCACCAGCGCCGGCGGCCGCCAUCGAGGUCGCGGAGGCCGAGGCGCCUCCGGAAAUAGAAGAAACGGUCAUCACGGACAUGCGCCUCAUCUUCCAGCAAGGUGUCAGAACAUCUAUAAAGCCGCUCGAGCCCGAGACGUGGCCUUCGGUAGAUGAUUUGGGACUGGCCAAGGAGCUCGUCUUUGUCAAGGUCUUCGAGCAGUACACGUCGGGCGUUGCCGUGAGGCAGUUGCGAUUCGAAGCGUACCGACAUACGACGUCGGGCGCCGAAUGUGCGAUUAUCGAAGAUUUGAAGCAUCUCAGAAUGACGCUCGGACCGGACGCGCAACACCUCCUUGCACAGGAGAGAGAGGAAGAGAUGAUCCUCUACCUGAUCAAGAACCGGAUGAUUCUGUGCGAAGGUUUAGUAGAUGAGGAGACCGAUAAAUUUGUGAAGAAGGAAGAUCGCUUCACGAUGAAGUGGACGACCGACCGCAUCUUCGACGCGCGGUUCAAGGUGACGCCUCUCGGCUUGGGUGGGUCUGAUGACGAGGACGCGAACGCGCAUCGCCUCUUCGACCAGGGCGCCUUACACCGAGGCAAGAAGAUUUUGAGACAUGCGCAGGCCAUCGACGGCGCCUUGGUCCACGUCAACGUCUUUGAAUUACCGGAGACGCCCGCUUCAGGACCGGCGCCGGCGCCGGCGCCGGCGCCAGCGCCCGCCGGGGCGCCGGCGCCCGCGCCGUCGGGUCUCGACGAAGGCCUGCCCCUACCUCAUUUGAGGUUUGUGUGCUGGAACCCGCUGGCGAAGCACCGUACCAUGUUCAUCAUACCGCCGGAAGCGUGCAGGGAAGUUAUACAACUGGAGGACGCCGAUUCUUUGGCCCACUACGGUGCGAAGGCCAACCGGACGCCGCCUUCAUUUAGAUUAGCGAACCCGAAGCAUAGGUUCGAUUUAGCGUUAGCUAUCACGAAGAGAUUACGGUUGUCGUGCUCGCAUCGGGCGCCGCCGGACUGCUUCCUGCCCUGGUCCGGCGGACGGCCCGCACCACUCUUACACGGUCCCGAGCCGGAGCCCAUGGGCGACGACGACGGCGUCCACGACUACGACGGUGGCCUCACGGAGGACGAGGACGACCCCUACCGCCUCCAUGACAAGACCAAGGACAAGCGGAAUCGGCGGUUGCAGUACGGCGCGAAGCCGAGGAAGGCGGAAGAUCGGAUUAAUCGCCGAUCCAAAAGGAGACGCUUGUUCCGAGUCUCGACACGAGUCGGGAGGACGGAAUGUGUGGUCAGUGUAUUCCACGCCAUUGAUACGGAGUUGGAUCUGGACUUUAACGUCUAUGUGCCUAGGAUCCGGCGAGCGUGUGAAAUAAGAAUCACGGGCGCCGAGCAGCGCCACUGCAUGGGCCGGCCUUGCCUCGAGCACGCCCAGGGCGAGCCGCGCAAGGCGGCCAUCGACUGGUUGAUUCGCCACUUGCGGUUGAAAGACGUCCCCUCACCCGAACAACUGAAAACCGAGCGCGACUGGAAUGAAAGAAGGGAGGCCCCGGACUUCGUCAAGGACUUGGAGGAGGAAGCGCCUGAACCAUUGCCGGACAUGACCCUGUCGCUAGAAGCCAAGCCCGAGAAGCCCUGGUUAUCUGCCUAUCAAGGUCUAGAUACCACUAUAAAAGUGGACCCAAUAAAAGGCGAGGGCCGGCCCCACGGCGUGCCUUUGGCUUUUAUACCUUUACAAACUGUGGGAGACUUAGUGAUGCGCAAGGGCAUGGCUCUGCCGCACGGUGGCGAUUGUGUGGUUACGGUGACGACGCGAGCGCCGGGCGAGCCCGCGGUCCACGGCUUGGUGAUCCAGGCCUACGAUCCGGUCACGUCCUACACCGCGAAAUUGCACUUAGGUGCGAGGGAAAUCAUCAAGCUCAUCGAGUUCGACGAAUCUCGGAUGACGGACCCGGAACUGGUCCAGGCGACGGUGUCGCGCUACAUCCUCAAGCGCUUGAUCGUGGAAGCGUCGCCGGUGGGUGGGUUGCAGUUAACGAUCGCUAGAAUACCGAAGAAACUGCGCGCCCAGGGCGUCCAGGACACGUUCUACGGGCCGGACCCGUCGCCGCGAUUGUCGGACCCCGACGACCGCAACAGCAAGAAGUAUUCGUACGACUGCGAGAACCCGGACCACCCCUCCUACGCGGGACCCUGGACCGGUUCUGAAGUAAUAGAGCCGCCGCCGUCGCCGCCAUCCAGUCCGAUUCCCGUGAAAUACGACAACACCGUGCCCACGCCGGAGCCCUCGCCGCGGUCGCCGGCGGGGUCGGCGUCGGCGUCCUUCGUCGAGAGCGACCUGCUGUCGCUCGCGCCGGCGCCGGCGCCCGCGCCCGCGCCCGGGGAGCGCAACGCGAGUCCUCCCUGA